UGAAUAUUUACCAACCUGACAGGGCAUGUUUGAGGCAAUGAACAUGGAUUGAGUGGUUCCUUUCGUGCUUGAUUUAACGGGAGGCCAUCUUAGUCGGUUCCAAGGGAAGCAAGGGCCCCUUCUGAUGAGGGUGUUUAAGUUCACGCUAAUCGGCUUUGGGCGCAGUUUACAAAGUUCCUUUGGAGCCACAGUAGACGUUGCGGCGGGAGGGAAUUGUGGACCUUAGCCGACAGCGAACUCUGUUUUUUCAGGAGCCACGUCUUGAAUCGACAAACUCUAAAAUUCCAAGCCACUUAUCUAAAUUGCGACCAUUAGGCGUAAUACUCGAUGGCAAAACCAAGACUAGCAAAAAGAUAAAUAAAUCACCGCCAUCAAAACUUUACGCGAGCAAAACAUAGGAGUAUGUUUUUGCCACAACAAGAAAAUGGAUCGUGAUCAGGCGAUGGAUCAAGCUAGCAUUGCUAACGAAUUACUUAGGCGCAGCUAUAAAUAAGCUCCAAACUAAGCCAAAUUGUGCACGCUCCAUAUUCAAGGAGAGCAUUGAUUUUUUUCGAAUGUAUUCGCAGUGCUACCUUAUUCAUAGGGCUAGGAAAUGUCAAUAUAUAAAAACGUAGAGUUUCUGACAAGUUGAAUCAUUAUUCAUGCUCUGAGAAGUGGAGCAUAUUUUCCACCUUUGGAUGGAACUGGCAACGCAGCGUGUUAUUUAGUUACACGCUCAAUUCCAUCAAAAUUACACUACCUUGUACUUGCCAGGUUUGACAGGACAAUGAUAUGGGGACGCUUUUGAAUUAUUCAUAGCCUUUUCUAUAAGGAGACCCGGGUACUCAAAGUCUCGAUGGAUUUCACAUGUUUAAUAGAUUGUCAAAAAUGACAAGCCUUCGUCAUGCAAAAAGUUCCAUAUUUCCCCCCUAAAUGCAUACUAGUCGUGGCAAAAACCAACUGGCAUGGCGUUGCUCGUCAUUGUGGUGUCUUUAUGAAGUCUCCAGUUAUUGCCACGUCACACGCAAGAUAGCGAUUCUAUGCCAAAGAGAAGCACUUGUUCCCAAAGACACGGAGCUUGGAACCGAAAAAUCUGCGGAAUUUGACCAACGUUGCAGUGAGUGGUGGGUGGGUUCACGUCGACUAACUCCAUCCAGACAGGGUUGGAUGGGUUGGAUGGCGUCCGAUAUUUCCUGUUUACUCCUGGUUACUUCACCACGGGCAUGCGAAAGAAAUCCCAUUCAGCACUAUUUCUGGUCAUGCGCUUUAAAUUUCGAUUCACAGAGGAAAAGAAAAUGCAUUUUUCUGACACAAAAUGGAUUGUUCGGCCCAGUUUGGUUUGUCCCAACACCCGCAUUGACUUGAUCUAGGGGAACGAAACAGCAAAGUGUGUGUAUAACUCGGUCGUGUGCGUAUUCCCACCAGUCCAACCAAUCGACCAGCCAACGUCUGGAACUCACUUUUUAGUGGCUCUAAAGUUGUACGCUGCAGAUUUAUGGUACAAGAUUGGGAAUGUGUGUUUUGAAGCAGAAAAGGGAGAAGAAGAAGGCGGACACGGCAACACUGACUGAGAAGCGAACGAGGCCCAUUCAUUCGACAACAGUCGAAAGUCUCAUUAUUUUCCAACUUGGGGGAAAACCAGCGUUUCCGAAUUGUUGGAUCCUUUGGAUUUGUCGUUUUAUUUGAAUAGGUAUUGUGGGGGUGGAGAUCAAUGAGAUGCAUGUGCCCGCCGUGAUCGAGAGCGGAUCACAUCCGCACAUUAUCCUUGAUUGUGAUUACCAGCUGAGAGAGGCGGAGAACGAGCAAGUGGAUGUGAAAUGGUUCUUCAACAACGAUCCUCAGCCGUUCUUUCAAUGGCUUCCCGGGCGCUCUCCUCAAACGGUGGGCGAGUUCUUUCGCAAUCGCUUGGACUUAUCGUAUUCUGUUCAGGGAGCCUACAAAUACAACAAACAUCGGGCCUUGAAAAUCCUUCAUCCCACGGCUGAAUUGAGCGGGCUAUAUAAAUGUAAAGUCAGCUCCUUCUUGGACGAAGACUUCAUGCAGAAAAAAAUGAUCGUCUAUUCUCCAGCCUCGAAUGUUCGUCUCACCUACUCGAAACUGGACCAUCAAACCAUCAAUCUCACAUGCUCAGCCUUCGGGCUCUAUCCUGAGCCAGAAGUCAAGCUAUCGUGGGGACCUCUUGCUUCCGAUCAUGGAGAAACCACAACCCUAACCGUGGAAAGUGAAGGUCGCUUCGACGUUUCUGUGCAUAAAACCUUGUCUGAGGAUCUCUUAAAGCCAGAAACGGUUUUUGGUUGUUUGGUAACCAUUCCAGGCACGUCAUAUUCAGUCAAGGAAGAGACCAUGUACUUCCCGGGACAAGUGCUUUAUCAAAUCACGGCGGGUAAAUCGCCUUUGAACUUCAGCCCUCUUAUUCUCACCUCGGCCAUCCUCGUCGGGCCUCUUUGGGAGAUGAUGAUCCGAGGACUGCCAGCAGGACCUCCACGGCCACCAGCAUUCGUACCGGGAAGCAUGGGUGUCCUUUGAAAUCCGAAGACCUGCACAUCCAGUGGAACCUUCUUUUCGCACCCAGAUUUCACGACCGACGAAGAGGACUGCAACCAACCAACGAAAGAGCGAGUCAACGAGCGUGCGUGCAUGCGUGCGUCCUUGCGUGCUUGAGUGGGUUGGUUUGAAAAAGAUGAUCCAAGAUCAAAGGAGAAUGAUCCACUUCUCCGCCUGGAGAUCACUCCUACUGCUGUCAAUUCCUCGCACGCCCAAAAUACCCAUGAAUCUAUGGAGAAAAUCGGAGACCUCCAAGGUUGUGGUUGGUCUCAUCGCCUUAAACGGACUGAACCACUACUAAUCUUUCCCAAGCUGUGAUCAUUUACCAAAGUGAAAAAAAAACGAAAUCCCGAAAAUCUUCUACGGAUGUGUGUCAUCGUCAUCAGUGUCCUCUGACCUUUACUAAUGAGUCUUAUGAAAGUGAAGAGGGUUGGAGCAUUGUUGAAAAGAGGAAGACUCAAAAAUGAACUUCACAUAACGCUGACUCGCUGUUUUCACUGUUCCCCAAUUCUGUUCUAGUCAAUCAAGUCUCUAUUCUUGAAUGCGUGUUCCAUCUAUUGAAAAAUAGAGAGGAACAAGAUGAUAUCACACGAACUACUUUCGCUCUCCAUGGCCAGUGUACCACUAACUUAUUAUAGAAAUGAAGCUGUCAAAUAAACGUCAAAUAUCGCUUCAAGAACAAGUUGUUAUUGCUAGAGUCCUUGAGU